GCGCCGGAGAGAUUAGGAAACAAGAGCUUCAAAGAGGUUUUGGUUCCCGGGAACGCGGGAAAUCUAGCAUUAUAUGAGGUAUUUUAAAACUUUGUUGAUAUUGUCAAUUAAAUCUUGAGAGUUUUCUGGUUUAGAGCGUCUUUAACUUCAUUACGCAAGUACACUGUUCAUUUUAUAAUACUUUCGAUCUCUCUUUUGUGCAGGAUGAAAUUCAAAGACGACCGAGGAUUUCGACGCUGCUCGAGAGUUUAUCAAGAUACGAAGCUGUGGCUCCUACUCAAGAAGACGAUGAAGAAGGAGCUGAAGCAAAAACUGCGACAGCCUCUCAGGUAAAAAUGAAAAUAAAAAGCCCAUAUUACUUUGAACAAAGCGGAGUCUAGUGAUCACUUUGUGUACAUUUCGGUCAAGAUUAUGCAAAUUGUUCUUUGAAAAUGGCGUAAAUAAUAGAUAAGGUUAAAAGUUCACGACGCGGCGUAGGAUUAAAUAUAAACUAAAUUCGCUUACAUUAAAGUAAAUAAACAUUCCCGUCAAAAUAUUUCAAUGAAGUCUGAGGGUCGCAGCGAGAGCGUUCUCAUUAAGUAAAUUUGUGAUUAAACAAAUAAGUUUAAAUGAGCUUCUUCUAAACUAAAGCUCUGUUUUGUCUAUAUGACAAUUGAAGGUGUCUACACUAACAAUCGCAAACAGUUUUAUUCGUGUUCCUUCCUCAGUCGAUCAUGCUUUGUAGAAACAUUGCCUUUGCUUCUCUCAAUAAAUCAUUUAAAUUAGAAUCUUGAACACUUUCAUAUUUUUUGAGAAAAAUAUUGUAAAUUGGUAAGGUGUUAGCCUGUGUACAGACGUCCCCCCUCCCUCAGCAAAAAUCGUGGGAGGAGACGUCUGUGAAUCGCCGACGAUAAUCGUGUUCCCGUUUCCCCGGAAUGUUGGGGACAGCCUCUGAUUGGUUGUAAUGUGAAUGCCAUGACGCAAAUAGUUUCCGGUGUUGUGAUCGGUGAAUGAACCUCAGAAUAGAUUCCCCGAGGACAAGCUCAGCCUUUGUGGAUAUUUGUUUACCGGUAUUUGUAUUUCGGCUUUCUCGUAAAGGCAUGAGAAGUUAAGACCACCGAUGUUUGCUGCACCAGUUGCGGAUGCUUCUGUCUGUACUGGUCGGUAUUGUAAAUAAAAUAGAAGGCAUACAAAAUCCAACGUUAAGAGCCAAGGCAGGUCAAGCUUACCCCAAAAAGAUUCUAUUACUGAAUUGAUUAUUUGAAAAAAUGAAUCCGUUAGUCGUUCCCGUAACUAGUGUCAAAUUUAAAUCGGCAUUCCUCUAUGCUGAAUGUAGCCUGAAUUUCAUCCGAUUACUUCGAGUCGUUAUUACUCCCUCAGUUGUUGAGAGGAGAAAACGACUCGAAGCAAUCUAAUGAAUUUCAGGCUAUGCCGAAUGAGGAGUGAAUAUUUUGAGAGAACUUCUCUGCAUUUGGUCAGAUUGAAAAUCUUUGAAUGGAUUAAAUGUCUUAGAAGACAUUUACAUCAAACUCAGGGAAACUGAGCUGGUAGAAAUUUCGUAACUGAAUCGCGUGUGAAUUCACGGCUCAUUACGCAUGCAAGAAUGCCCAUAGAGAUGAAUCUGAAAUCUACAACUACCAACGGUUGAACUUUCGAAUAAUAAGUAGGAUCUUAGGAGGUACGCUUGACCUGGCUUCACUGUAAUCAGAGAUCUUAUAUCUGGAUUUUUGGGUGGACAUUGCGUGAAGAUGUUCAGCUAGCCUGUGCACAGACGCCAUGCAAAGCUAUUUUUCGACCUACAUGUGCCUUUUCAACUGUCAGCGAAAGAACAAAAAAAUAAUUUAUGCAAAUGUUUACCGGAACACGAUUAACGACGGCGAUUCACAGACGUCUCCUCUCCCGAUUUUUUUCCUGAGGGAGGGGGGACGUCUGUACACAGGCUAGUAAGGUGUUUUUCAUAAUUUAAAAUAAAGUGAUGGAAAAAUCCUCUUCUGUUAAACUCAAACAAUGCAGCAUUGCUUCGAUAUUAUGCUGAAUUUAAGCAUUGUUAGUUAAGUAAGUGCAAGAAAUGUUUUGAGUUUUCCCUUUUUGGCAUCUGCCAAAAAUUUUGUGGCCCCUUAAUGGGAGUGGCCCUCUCGUACAAGAGGUCUUACUACAUGGUAUAGUGCUUGGAAAAGCACUUGACUUUGUAUUUUUGUGUCUAAGAUAGGGAUCUUUUACAACAGGUCCCUGUGGAAGGGGGUGUACAUAUGUCCCUGGUCUGCAUUUCAAAACCUGUUGUUUUUUUAUAUUUUAUAGUGUUGUUUAGAUUCUCUCUGAGUUUUGUCACUGUUACAAUUUCAGCUGAUGUUUGUAUUGUUUGUUGCCAUUUCGUCUGCCUUGUGUUGCUGUCGCAGUAGCAUGUCACUUGUCAGAAUUUUACCAUUAGCGAGGUUGUUGCAAAUGAAAGUUCCAAUGCUUAUAAAUUAAUUUAUGCAAUGAAUAAAUAAAUUUAUCAGGGAAAAAUUUUAAUAAGUUCGUUAUUAAGCUACAGGUGUUAGAUAAUAUGAAACCAAACAAGAACUUAAGACAUAGCAGAAGUUUUAUUCUCAGGCUACUAAAAAUAAAUUGUUAAUAAUUUUUGUGCUUUACUUUUUGACUAUAGCCAGCCAAAAUGGGUACGCUUAUGGGUGUGUACCUUCCUACAAUCCAGAACAUCUUUGGUGUAAUCCUGUUUAUACGUUUAUCAUGGAUAGUGGGGGUCGCAGGAAUACUACAAGCUUUCUUAAUAGUUUUCAUCUGCUGUUGUUGUGUAAGUGAAUCACUCUAAGGCCAGAAAACAAGAUUCUCCCAAUUCAGUGUAUAAUCAUACUUGUAAGUAAACAAAUCAGACCCAGCUACGUGGUUGCCUGCUUUUGUUAAUCACUCAUACUAUUACCAUUAGGAUUGGACUCCACUCAGUCCUUAAUUGCCAUUUCAAAUUUUACUUGAAAAUGGGUUUACGCUGUCUAAGUCUGCUCCUUAAAAUCUCUUUAUGGUUGCUAAAAUUGUAGGAAACUAAAGAAAAAAAGCUCUAAACCUUGCAUUAUUCAGGUGCUGAGCAUUAAGUUCUUGUGUAAACGCUAAGAUUUCCUAGUUGCCCAAUUGACGAAAAUAAGUUGCCAAGGGCCACCCACUAGUAGCACUGCAGCAAAGCUCUGUUCUUUGUUUUCUUUUCCCUGCUCAUUGUUGAUACAGAAAGGGGGUAGCUAUAGAUGAGGGAUUAGGUGGGGGCAAUAUACCUGCUGACUUCUGCUAAGUCAAUUGUGUGAGAUUUUUGUCUCGUCAAAACUGGAAUUUUUGAUAAUGUUCCAGUGACUUCUGAGGAUUUCCAAUGGUUUUUGAAAGGCUUCUGAAGCAUGCCGGCAAUGUCCACAGAUGUCCAGGCAAUCUUUGAGCUUUUCCGAAGCUAUUUAAAAGGCAACAAUUUUAGCUUGUUGUGAUACAACUCAGGGACCCAAAGUCAACAUUAAGGACCUUUUUGGAAUAAUUUUGGGAUAUUGAAUUUAAGUUUGGUUACUAACAUGCAUUAAUUAAAGAACAAUUUGUCUGGAUUUGUGAGUAAGGCAUGAUAAAUAAUUAUCGCCUUGAUGCGCAAGGUCAAUCAGUUUUGUUUGUCAAGGAUAACUUUGUCUGCUAACUUGUGCAGAUCAGUGAAGAGAUCUUUCAAACCAUACCAGAAUGAGCACAAUUCAGUCAAGGACACCAGACAAAAAGGCAAAAAAACCAUAAUGUAGCAUUGACCUAAAAAACACCAUAGAAAAAAGCCAAAAAUGCAUGUAACAUUGACCUGAAAAUUUCUACGAAAAUCUUGUUCCACUACCUUCCUAUCUUUCCGUUUGUUUAAUCCUAAGAUCCUAAAAGCUUUCCGAAAAACUUUUCCCACCAAACUGAAGCCUACUAAAUGCCCAGCGAGAGAAAAAAAAAUGAGGCAAGAAAAGCGGAAAAGAGGGGAGGAGAGAACGGGAAAAGUAAAAGUCGAGAAAUUUUCCUUUCUGCGCAUGCCCAAACUUUGCAAGCUAAUAUAUGGCAUCUGGAUUAGAAGGCCACAAAGUGUACGACUUUGUGGCAAGUUUUAGCUCUUUACAGCACCACAGUGACCAGAAACCCUCAAAUAGCUUCAAAACGCAUUUUUUGGCAAAAUCUCCAUUGGUGAAUGGGUUAAUAUGAAAGCUAAAUUUUGAUGGCUAAUUAAAUGAAUUUUUUUUUUAAUGAUUGUAUCCCCUAUUGAAGUGUCAAUGUGGGUUGUAGACUGUAGUCCAGUUGAAGAAAAAAUUUUAACUUUAUUUUCUGUUUUUCUCCUUGAUUUUAGACAAUGUUGACUGCCAUUUCCAUGAGUGCCAUUGCCACCAAUGGAGUGGUUCCAGGUGCUAAUUUGCUUUCCCUCCCUAAUUUUGCAACAAACAAGCACACUGAAGGCCAUUUUCUAUAUAUUGCCUGCGGAAUGUGAUCCUUCCUCUUAAGGGACACAAUGUUCUUAACUUGACUAGCUUACUGAUAAAGCAAACUGAAUUAAUUUUAAUGAGUGGAAACUACAUUGUGUAUUUGCAUUGGGAGAUGAGUGAGAUUUGGGAAACUGUACACAUCUAGAUAUGCCCCUGCUUUAUAAUUGACUCUCGUAGUGAAAUUGUUGAUUAAUAGACCUGUGUAAUCACUCAUUGUAACUCCAUUUUUGUGAUUGUCUUAGGUGGAGGUGCCUAUUUUAUGAUUUCACGAGCUCUUGGCCCUGAGUUUGGAGGAGCUGUAGGGCUUCUGUUUUAUCUUGGAACUACAUUUGCUUCUUCUAUGUACAUACUAGGUGCUAUUGAGAUACUUCUGGUAAGUAGUGCUGUCAGGGUUUUCUGGUUUGACUUCUUGUCUUUUAUAGACCUAUUGCCAGUAUAAACCUUCAAGAGACGCUUCCACGUCUGUGCUCUUAAGCUCCAAUAGACUUAUCCGGCUAACUCAAUGUUGUACCCAAUUGAAAACCUUAGAGAAUAAACGUUUUGUUUCAGGAAUUUCCAUAUCAUUUAAAUGUGAAUGUGAAUACAAUAUACAAAGAAUCUUAAUCCCAGGAGAUUUGAAUUGGGUACAACAUGGAGUUAGCCGAAUAGGUCUAUCCUGGGAAUUUAACUAGGUUGUCCAGCAUUUUUUGGAAAACUAAGAUUUUUUGCCACCCAAUAGUAAAAGUGUAUGAUAUCUAUGGUUAGAAUGGUGGGGGGUGGGAGUUGGGAAAGGAUACUUGCUAGUAAUAGGCUGAUGGGGAUGCGCUAAUGGUUGGGGUCACAUGACUGGAUUGACUUGAUGUGGUUACAUAUUUGUCAAUAGAGUUACUAGAAUGGGGUCACAUAUUUUUUGGAUUCUGGGAGUAGCGAUUCAAAAAAUGUUGCGGUUCAUUUCAGGUUGAUCUAGUUAAAUAAGGCUCUGUAAGGUAGAUGCAUAAACAGAAAGCAAAUUACAUUUGCCCAAAAGUGACUAAGAUGGGGUCUAUAAUUAGCUACAGAAUAGACCUUAAUUAAGGUUGGGGUUCUGAGAGGUCUGUGACACCCCACUGGGUUUGAGGGAUGCUUUGCUAACUGACUGGAAAAAAAGUUCAAAGAACUAACUUGGUGAAGUUCAGAUCCAGCCGUCUUGAAAUCAACUCAGUUAGUCAUGUAGGAGUACUGACAUUUGCUUAACCCAGCCACUUUAGUGUAUGUUCCUGUAUGUGUACUUCCAAAACGACCAGAACUCCGUGGUAAAGGUCCAUGGAGGGAGUUUUUACUUUUAGCCUAAGAAUCUUUGUUUGUUGUUUUAUCGAUAUUCUUUUUUUUUUUCAGACAUACAUGGCACCGUCAAUGUCUUUAUUUGGAGAUGUAAGAUCAGGAGGUGGAGCCACAUCACCUGUAAUGCUAAAUAACAUGCGUGUUUAUGGCUCCAUUCUCCUUGUUUUACUGGUCGGAGUGGUUUUUAUUGGAGUCAAGUAUGUCAACAAGUGUGCAUCUCUUUUUCUGGCCUGUGUUUUGUUCUCGAUUCUGGCCAUUUAUCUUGGGUUCUUUUCAGCUCAAGCACGAGAAAUGCCAAGGUAAUUCUAACAAAGCAUUACAUUAUUAUUUGUUCCAAAUUUAUUAGAGGAACCUUUUUUUCUUGGCUGGGCUGACAGACUUAGAUGUUCUUGGCAAAUUAUUCUCUUUGCUGUUCAAAUACAACUUUGUUUCUAUGCAUAAAAUAAGUAUUUAUUGCUUUGGGGCGAAAAUUUGAUCAUCUAGUUUGCUCUUGAAGUGAGGGACAAAAGUGAUGAGACGCUUCCGUAAAAUGCCCCUUUUUGGCGUAGUGGACAUACCCAUCCUCUUCCCCUGUCUACCCAACCCCUUCCCCCCAAAAUCGAUGUGUAUUUUGGAUCCUCAAGUCUUUCUUUUACUUCAGACAACAUUGAUUCGGGGGGUGACGGGAUUUAUGCUGUUUAAAAGGAAUGAAAUAGUAAAUGAAUUAAAUUUUUGAUAAAAGCACCCGUUUUAAACAAGUGUGUCAAUUGCUUUUGUCCCUGAUUGUAGAAAUCAGUGUCAUUUUAACACAUUUACAAGUGUUCUGUUAAUUUCUAAGUUCUACGACCCGACUCUGGAUCGAUCCCAAAGUGUGACCAUUGAUUCAAAAUGAUCGCUUUAUGAUUAAUGCUUUCCUUAUUUGAUGCUAUUUAAUAACACAGUUUGCAUGAGAAUAUAGUUUAUUUAGUUUCUCUUCAAAAACAAAAAUAUAUAGCUACACAAGAGUGUACAAGGCAAGAGCAUACAAUAAAAAAAGGUUACAGUAGUCAUAAAAUACAUUGAAAGAUAAAAAGAUAAUAAUCGUUGUGAUCCCCACUGACUCCAUUAAUUCUUUCAUUUCUCUCUUCUUCCUAGAAUUUGCUUGUUAGGUUCCAAGUUGUUAGCCAGUACCAGUUAUCAUGAAUGUUCAAGAAAUGACACAUUGCUCAGUCAGGCUUAUGGAAAUGAUGAACAGUUCUGGCAAAACAAUCCACUGUCUUACGUGAAUGGAGUGCCCGGAAUCACCAGUGAUUCUUUUGUGGGUGAGUACCUUACAAAAAUAAACUGUGUCGUCAAAAGGGGUUCAGAAAUUAAAGAGAACGUAACCUGCAAGGACUGCAGACUUAUUAGGGACCUUAUGAAACUACGACGGCGACGGCGACGGUAACGUUUAAAGCGCAAUGGUUUCUACGAGCAAACAACAACUCUGCACGUGCUACCUGCUUGUUCGUUCAUUUCUUUGCCGUCCCUGCACAACUACGAUGUGAAAUGAACAAAUUUUGAGUUGACUUGAGAAAGGAGCGGCGAUGAACGCGCUCCCCUCUCUUCAGUUCCAACCAAACUUCCCUACUGUAAAGUAACUGAGUGACUUGACAUAAGGGAGAAAAAGUUUCAAAGGAUGUGUAGUCUAUUUUUCAACGACGUUUUCAUUGGCGUCGCCGUUGUUGGAUCGUAAGGUCCCUAUUAUUUACUGGCGUGAACCCAAGGGGAGGGGCGGGGGAGAAUACUCAAGACAGUUUAUACGGCAAGGCUCCUUCCCAAGGUCCAACCCCUUUCCCUAAGGCUUUUAUCCGUUUAUACCAAUUUUGACAGAAAAUGUACCCCUUUCGUAUAUGAACUGUAAUGACAAAACAGCAAAGAAUAAAGACUCGAGUAUUCCCGAUAUUUCUAACGGACAAGCCGUUCUUCUUCGAGGUACAGUUCAUUGGUCUCUGUUAAAACUGCAAGAUUUGGACUAUCAUAACUAUAAAAGUCCCUUUACUCAGGGAUUGCAAAUUUUAUUGAUGAGUGGAGUCACUGUGACUUCCGCUUCACAAAUUUUGGAGUCAUUUUGGAAAAUUUGGAGUCAAGUAUCACAACGAAAAAAGCCAUUUUCAGACUUUACAGCACGUGGUCCUGGCAUAAAUAACUAUCGUGAUGGAUACACGGUGUAGCUGUGGGGGUCCACUGACCUAGAAAGCUCAAAUCCAUGAUGGCGGUCAUCGAGUAAACUUUGAUCGUAAUUUACCCUCUUCCUGUUUUGUCGUGCAGUAUCAUUCUUUAAUUUUGAUGAUUUAAUUAAGGUUUACAACUUUUACAAUUAACGUAAAUUGCAUUUGUUGCGAAAAAGGUAGGGACAAAACUGUGUUUGUUACAGAAAAUUUUUGGAGUCGAAGUGGCUCCCUGUUUGUUACCGAAAAUUUCUGAAGUCGAAGUGACUCCCUCCGUAACCGCUGUGGAGUCAUCUGAACAAUUUUGGCGUAAAAUACGCCAAAUUUGGCGUAUUUGCGAACCCUGCUUUACUAUACCCCCUAUUGACAAAUGGUACCCCUUUCACAUACCUUGUUUAGGGCCAUUAUAGGGGGCACUCACUUGGGGCAUAAAGAACAUUAUUCUCACGUUUUACAAUUUUGCUGACCCUCUGUAUAAAACACUUACUUUCAGGCAAGGUCUGAUGAGGCAUUUUUUUUAAACUAUUUUUGUCAUUAGGGAGCCCUAGAUUUGAGGACGAGAACGAGAACGAGUACGAGAUUUAACUUAAAGUUUUUGCGUGUGUUCUUAAAAAAGGAGACACCCCGGAAAGCUUCAUAUUACUUUUUUUUCCCGAUAGCAAAAUGAUAAAACUGCUUAUUUUUGAUAACUUGUUCCCACUAUGCAUUCUCGCUAAAAUUGCAGUAGAAUGACGACGGCUACCACAUUUUCCCGCCAAAAUGAGGCUGGUUCAGGCGUGAGCAAUACUCCGAUUGAGAGAAUCUCCUACUCGUAGUCGUCCUUGUCUCAGAAUCUAAAGCUCUCUAUUGGCUAUGUCCAAACCCCUAUAUACCUGGCAGUCAAUACAUUGUUGGCAUUAAUUAAACAAGAACGUGAACCUUCAAAUUAGUGCGGAUUGUCAUAGUAAUGUAUCUGGGGCUCAAUCAAAGAUGUUGUUUGUGUAAAAGAGACUCAUUCUGUGAGUGAAUUGAGAUGGCAAGUUUCUCGUUAUUACCUUGAAGUUGUUUUGGGUUCAUGGGUGGCCAUUUAGUAUAUUCAGAGAGUAAAUUUCAAGGAUUUAGGAUAGAUGGAAAAAGGGGAGAGAGGAAAGAAGUAAAUUGUAUGCAAAAGAGGAAGUCGAGAACUUUGAAUUAAUUCACUUCUGCAGUAGUCUAGUCAUACCCAUGGUGUUUUGCUGCUGGAGUUCAGGUGACCCAAAUAUUACUAGAAUUGAAAAGAGCAUGCCUGGUCAGAUCAGAGAUCAGUAACUGGCCAAGUUUAAGACUUAUGACAUUUACAAAUGAGUUUUAAUGAAGAUGUAACUGUUGCCUAUGCCCCCUAAAAAAACAAAAAAACAAAACAAAAACAACAACAAAAACAUUUUCCCUCCCAAUUAAUUAUUGCGGCCAUUUUGCUAACCUUUGCAUGUUCGUUUCUGAAUUCGAGAUUUUAUUCAAUGAUAUCUGAAAACCGGAAGUUGAGAUGAAUAAAAAAUUAUGACUUAACUGCAAUUGACCUGUUACAAUAAAAUUUCACUCUUUGUCACAGAAAAAAACGAAAUGUUGUGUCCAUUUUUUUGUGAUCAGUUCAUAAUAAUUCAUUUGCAUUGCUUGUAGAUAACUGGAACAGCAAGUAUCUAAAAAAAGACGAGGUUUCCCCUGGAGUAGAGGCUGGUUCAUAUGAAGGAGAAGUGAGGUCUGAUGUCACAACCUCAUUCUUUAUUCUCUUGGCAAUUUUCUUCCCUUCUGUUACUGGUAGGUAAUUGCGCAAUUUUAAGUCACCCAAACGUUUUGUACAGUGUCUACCUCCAGGAUUAUUGAUUUUUACAGUAAUGGAGCGAUUUCACAUGUAUAACUUGAGUGCAAUUUUGGCAGAUUUAUUUAACGAUUUAUUGGAAAUUUCUCCGUGUUGCGGACGAGUGCAGUCACCAAAUGACGUAACACAAAAAGUUGAAAAGACACUCAUCAAUACCAACAUCACAACACAAAAGCGAAUCACAAUGGUUUCCGCAACAGCAAUAAAGACCCGAUUUAUCUAACGGCACCUUCAAAAUUUCCUCUUGUCUUUGUUGUCUAGUGCAAUUUGGGCCAGUUGUAGGCUCGUUUUCAGGAGGUGAAAGUUUUGUGGCAGUAGAGAGGAGAAGUGUGACGUCACGUUACCAUGGUAGCAAAAUUUUUGGAUGACAACAAAAGGGAGCUUAGGCAACAACGACGGCGACGGCAACGAGAACGGCAAAAAAAGCAAUAAGUUUAUAUUAGUAACACAACAACUUUGCACGUGCAUCGCGCUUUUUGCAUAUUUUUUAGCCAUCGUUGCAUGACUGCGACAUGAAACGUCCUAAUUUCACGCGCCCGCUUUACGGAGUAAGAGAACACAACGCAAAAAGUUUCUUUUUCGCUUUCCAAACUCAGGUACGGUGUGUUCGGAUUCAAUCCAGAAAAUUUCGCUAAUAUUUGACAAAAUCGAUGUAGUUUGAAACAGUGCGAAUUUACUUUUUUAAGUGAAUUUUUGGUUUGUUGUCAUCCAAAAAUUUUGCUACCAUGGCAACGUGACGUAAUGACUUCUCCUUUCUAUUGCAUGCGAGCUAAAUUCCUAACUUGCAACUUUCAGCCUAGCCAGUUUCUUACUCGCGGUUUUUUACCGUGUACACUUACAUAUACAUGUAUGAUUUUGUUGUUCUAAAGGGAUAAUGGCAGGCUCAAAUAGAUCUGGUGACUUAAGAGACGCACAGCAGUCUAUUCCCAAGGGAACAAUAGCGGCAAUUGCAACCACUUCUGUGGUCUGUAUCCUUUUAUGUUCUUGUUAAAGACAGUACUGUUUGUUCUAAGAAAUUAUCGGGAGUGGCGAAGGUUUCUUAACUUUCAGACCAGCUGAACCCAAAGGACUAGCAAGAGUUAUUGUUGUGCUUGUGAGGUGAUUGUUUCUCAUAUCCCUUGGGCACUGCGAUCCAGAAUACUUGUGUUUUAUUAUGAUCUUCUACGUUAAGAACUUCAUGUACCUCUAAAGAAAUCGUGAUCUCAAAGGUCUCUACCUAAAAAAUCAAAAACUACUGUUGCACAAAGUUGUGAACGUAACCUAAAUCCAAGCAGCAAAGGGUGAAUAGUCAUUUAACCAUAGGAGAAAGUCUCCCAUCUAAAACUACUUUAACUCUGAGAAUCUUAUGAUUAUUACUAUAACCCUCCCCUUGGUCGUUAAUACUUCACCAGUAACUUUCCUUCGAGAUGCGUAUGCAUAUCCGCAGUUUGCGUGAUAACAUAUCUUAUAACUUAAUUUGUUGAUGACUCAUACUCAGUCUGUAAACCUUUCUGGCCUGUUGGAUGUUACACAUACCUUAAGAAAGGUUCAGAUCUCACAUCAGUGCUGCUGUUUGGUGCAACAGUUAAUGGAGACCUGCUAAGAGACAAGUACGUACGACGCUCUGCACUUCAAGUUCUGGCCCGGAUUUAAAAAAAUCCAGAUUUUUGCACAACAAAAUACUAAAAAUAAAGACAAUCUUUUGUAGAUUUGGUCGCAGUAUUGGCAGUGUCCUGGUUGUGGCUGAGAUUGCCUGGCCUCCUACAAAAUGGGUGAUUCUUAUAGGUUCACUUUUGUCUACUGUGGGUGCAGGGAUGCAGAGUUUAACUGGGUGAGUAUUAUGACGUUGGUUAUUUAUGCUACUGUAGUAACAAGGGUAUGGGUCACUGGCCGUUUCGCUACAAAGUCAUUUCGCUGCUGAUUAAAGUUGUUUCGCUGCAAAGACUUUUGCAUCAGUUCGGAAAAUAUAUAUGCGAAAAGGCAAUAUUAUUGAAAAUGUAUAUGCUCAAGUUAUUGAUACCCUUGACGUAUUUCAAACUUAGUGGCUUUUGAAAGAGCCGUUAGUUCCGCGUUACUCUUAAUGCAAGACAUCAAAUUUGUCAAUUCUGAGACUUGAGGAUUUCCUAGACGUGGCUUGAUGUGUGAGUUUGCAAUCAUUUUUUAUUGCCCGUCAAUGGGAUCGCGUAGUUUCGUGGUCUUGCAGGUGUUGUGAUCGGCACUAAAUGAUUCAACAAAAAAAUUGAAGAGAUACUUAACCAGACUUACAAUCACACGACAACCCAGUGGCUUCAAUCUCAUGGUGUUUACAUGAAGGGACACUAAAUGUUCCUCAAAGUAACUGUAUUUCGGGCGGGCUUCUAGUUAUCACUUGCAGUGUAUGUAGUGCCUAUAGUUGUAUUAUCAGGUUGCGUUCGUUACCAUAAUUGUAUGUUUUGAAGGGAGCUUAAGCAAACACGACAAUUACGGCAACGAGAACUAAAAAAAACAGUGAAAAACAAACAAACUAACUAUUGGAUCAUUAUGAACAAAACAACAGCUGUGCACGUGCAUCACACUUUUUGUUAUAUUAAUUAUCAGUCAAGUCAACCAGACGCGGACUAAGACGUGAACUUCUUAAUGCGAUGUUCUUUAAGGAGGAAAUGAACACUCGACGAAGAAUUUUCCUUUCUCUAUUUUAACUUUUACGAAAUCAACUGCUGGGAAAUUCGCCUACAUUUGACAAAUUGAGGGAGGCUAAAGUUUGAGUGAACAUAAAUACACUUUUUGCCCUCGUCGUCGUAGUUGCUUAAGUUCCCUUUUGUGUCAUUAGGGUUUAAAAAGAUGUUUCAGGUUUUUAACCUUUUAUUUCGGCACUAAUUUUACAGGGCACCACGUCUGCUGCAGGCCAUAGCUAGAGAUAAUUUGAUUCCGUUUCUGAACAUAUUCAGUUAUGGCUCCAAGUCUGGGGAACCCACUCGAGCCUUGAUGCUUACAGCAUGUAUUGCCGAGAUUGGAAUAUUGAUUGCCAACUUGGACUCAGUCGCGCCUAUCAUAACCAUGUGAGUUUUUCUCUUUAUUCCUUCCUCUAUUCGCUACUUUGAGGUUGCGUGGGGGACCGGGUCGAGAUGGUUGUCAGAGUGCAUUGUGGGUCUGUUUUGGGGGACGAAUUUGCCGUCAUGUUGAAAAUGCGUCCUCCAAAACAGUCUCACAAUGCACUUUGACAACCAUUUCGACCCGGUGUCCUGCGCACAACAUGGUUGUGAAAGUGCAUUGUGGGACUGUUUUGGGGGACGAAUUUGCCGUCAUGUUGAAAAUGCGUCCCCCAAAACCGUCCCACAAUGCACUUUCACAACCAUCUCUACCUGGACUCCUGCGCACAUGGUUGUGAAAGUGCAUUGUGGGACUGUUUUUGGGGACGAAUUUGCCGCCAAGUUGAAAAUGCUUCCCCCAAAACCGUCCCACAAUGCACUUUAACAACCUCGAACCCGGUCUCCCGGGCAACCUCAAAUCAGCCUCGGUUCCCACGACGAAUGGAAUGCAGAAAACCCCCUCCAUUACACAAGAUUUGAACCUCACAAAUAGACAGUGAACGUCACAUUUAAGUUGAGAAUUUCUUAGAGUAGAAAUAAGCAGACAAAAACUGUCCAGAACAUUUCUUAUGGAUGAAACAGGCGUGAGACUACUUAUUUUUGAGUAGAAGUAAUAAAAAAAGGGAAAACUUGGUCAUGUGGUACGAAUUACCGUAAACGUGAAUCUUAAUCUCUCUGAUGUCGGACAAAAAGGGCGGGAACAUGUUCGAAAGCAGAGGAAGACUGGGGAGAGUAAACGUUGCAGUGGCGUCAACAGGCCAUUUUCCUGAUGACAACAUUCGACUGCGACUAUCAGAAUUUAUUUCGUUUUCGUUUUUAAUUUAAAUUUGUCAAUUCCGCUGAGGUUUAGAAAGCAAUAGCCCUAAUUUGCCCAAGAGAAUAACAAAUUGAGGAUUCUGGUAGUUGUAGUAAAAUGACGUCAUCGUCGAGAAGGCACAACCUGGGGGAACUCUUUUGUUUUACGUCGAUAACUCGUGACAGUAAUAACUGAUAAACUUGAGGUCGACGGUGCGCUCAUUUUAUCCCCCUCUCUCCAUCAAUGCUCUGUUUUAUUGGUAUUUAAAGCUAGUUAAAUCUACACAGAAAGGAGAGAAGUUGAAACAAGGAUGUCAUGUCAAGGGGAAUCGAACUCGGGACCUCGCGCACCGAAGGCCGCGCAAGUUAGCUAUAAUCAUCUCCUAUCCAACAAGUGCGAGUGGAAUAAUUGUUUAAUUAAAAACGCCAACAAAAUAUCGAGAAUUCUUCCCGACUUUAUUUGUAAAAAUAACCGAUUUUCAGCUUGUUUUUAAUUUUGAGCAGAUGCGUACUGUUACCAUAUUUGGGGAGCAUGGUACACUGGCUCAUAUAACAUGAUGGCUAAGCCAACCAGAGCUCUAGAAUUGCAUUAUCCAAUGAUUCAGUUUUUAAUAAUUCCUAGUAUUUUUGAGCAGUUGUCAUGGGAGGCGUCCAUUAGACAGGGGGUGUUUACUAGAGAGGGGUGUCCAAUACAAAUUUAGCAUUGUAGGGGUGGACGUUUAUUAGAUAAGAGGCCUUUAUUUUAAGAGUGGGCGUCUAUUAGAUCAUUUACAGUAAUGGUAGCCGCUGCCCUUUUUGUAGUGGUCUAAAACCAACAGUAACUUAUGCCAUAACUGAAUUAGUUUUUUUGUAGGAGAUUUUAAUCACCUGGGCCCAGUUGUGCGAAGGCCGAUUAGGGCAAACCCAGGGUUAAAUUUUAACCCGGGUCUCUCUUUCAUUUCAUCUCUUUUUAGAGUAGCCAAUCAUCAAAUUGUCAGUGACAAAAAGAAUUGAACUGAAUUUGCUUUUUAAGCUUUCAUAUCUGAAUUCAAAUUUCGAACUAACCCUGGGUUAUCUUAACCCAGCUUUAAACAACUCGGCCUUGACAUUUAUUAUAAACUAGUACUCCCGCAUGAACUUGAUGACUGUAUUCUGCUUUUAACAGGUUCUUUUUGAUGUGCUAUGGGUUUGUCAAUUUGGCCUGCGUGCUGCAGUCUUUGCUACGAACACCCAACUGGAGACCGCGAUUCAAGUAUUAUCACUGGUAAGUUGAAUUGAUCUUAGAAUGGAAUAAUAGCUAUGUGUGCGAUAAAGGAGUCGUAAACAGGCCUACGUAUGCUAUACUAAAAACACCAAGUUGACCCCCUUUGGAGACGAGGUGCCAAGCAAUACCUCCACUGGUUAGAGCUGUUUUACAGCUGUUUAUACCAUAGUUAGAACUCGCCUCUAUGUAACAGCGCAGCGAAACACGACAAUAAGCUGAGGCACUGGUAUUAAUCCCAUUGUGGGCGAAAAUGUAUUUGCCGAGAUAGCUACCUCUCAAUGACAAUAAUAUUUAACAAACAGGCAACAAUUUGCCAUGGUUUGUACUCUUAUAGUCCAUAGAAAUGACGUUGAAAUGUUCAAAUCUUAAGUGGAACCACGAGCCGUAGGCGACUGGUCUCACUGCAAAGUUUCAUAUAGUUCAUAGGGGGCCAUCAGCUUAUCAGUUCCUAUUGUAACUGUCAAAUGUUACCCUCUAAAUAAAGUCUCCACUCCACUCCACGGUUUUAUUACAGUAUAUCUUUGUCUUUACCAGGUUCACGUCAUUCCUAGGCAUGUGCCUGUGUUUAGCUCUUAUGUUUAUCUCCAGCUGGUAUUAUGCUUUGGUUGCUAUGAUUAUAGCUGCUGCUAUUUACAAGUACAUCGAAUUUCAAGGGUAAGAACUUCUUUUAGCACUGUGUCACCUUUUGAGCCAUUCUAAGACCAUUUCCGAGCAGCCACAAGCCUUAGUUUUAAAGUGAGGGUGUGUGCAAAGUCUUUGAUAUACGAAAUUCAAAAUUAUUUUUUCUUCUUUGGUAAGGAGAACUCAUUUCGACAAUAAGGGUGUUGAAAUUACCCCAUUUUGAAAGUGGUGGGGCCAACCUUCACCUGUUCCAAAGAAGGUUUGUGAUCGGCUGGGAAAACAAUAGGGAUGGUGAGUCAGCAUAACAAUGCCCCUAUCCCUGCUAGGUAGUGCAGGUUAUAGAGACCAAUGAAAUAAGAGGUUUAGAUGGGUGCAAGUCAACCAAAGUGAUGGUUUUGCGCUUGGGCUUUAUCUAUUAGGGAGCUUAAGCAACGACAACGGCGACGGCUAAGAAAACGUCACUUAAAAAGUGAAGUCGUGCUGCCUCAAACUUUAUCGUGCUUAUUCCAUCUCACUUAAUUGUUCAAACGUUGGUAAAUUUCUUUGGAGUGUAAUUCUAAAGGAUUUUAUCAAAGGCAGGAAAAGAAAAAGAAAAUUGUUGUUUUGUGUUCCCGUCCUUGAAAAAAUGUGAAAUUAGGCACUUUCACCUUGUGGUAGUGCAACGACGGCUAAGAAAUGUAUAAAAAAAGCGUAAAGCUUGGCAAAGUUGUUAUUUUGCCGUUCUCGUUGCCGUGGUUGCUUAAGCUCCCUAUUAGUGACUUUAAGAUCCAACUACGCGGACGGCAACGAGAACGUCGAAAAAACAAUAGGUUUUAUAUUAAGCAGAACAACAACUUUGCACGUGCAUCACGCUUUCUGUACAUUUCUUUGCAAGUUUUUGCACGACUACGACGCGUUUUAUGGACUACGUAAACAAGCAUCGACGAAAUUUUAUUUCUUUUCCUGAACUUGGGUAUGGUACCUGGGAAUUCAAUUCCUGGAGGGUUGGCUACAUUUGACAAAGUAAGUGGGUAGAAAAAAGUGACGUUCUCGUUGCCGUCAAGUCGUUGAAUCUCAAAGUGUUUAUUACAGUGAAACCUGUAUUAAGCGGACACCCUCGGGAAUGCUGUAGUGUCCGCUUAAUACAGGGUGUCCGCCUAAUACAGUUUUCGAUAGAUAACGUCAUAUGAGGUGUCAAAUGCCACUCAAUUGAACAGUGGAAACGUCUACAAUACUCCCAGAGACUAUGACGAUAUACGUUUGCAUAACCAAUUGAUCAUAGUACCAUAAACAUAGAUUUCAACUCAAAUUUGAAGAAAUCAGAUGAGUGAAACAAGCUCUAUACAAACAAAACGAAAUAGAAAACAAUACAGUACGGUGAAACUAAUCAAAUAAGUUCGUCAAGUCAAGUUUUUAAAUGUAAAAAUAUAAAAAAAUGUGAGUGGCGAUUCGAGGCAAUCUUUCGCAUUUCCGGUGUCUGGCAUGUUGGGUGGUGGAAUUUGAUUACAAGUGUGCGUUUAAUACAGGUUGGCAACAAUAGAAAUGACCAUUUCAGGUACUUUUUAGGUGUCCGCUUCCGCUUAAUAGAGGUGUCCGCUUAAUAAAGGUUUCAUUUAAAGUAAAUAAGGAAAAUAAAGUUUGGGACUUCGGCUACUGUCCGCUUAAUAGAGGGUGUCCGCUUAAUACAGGUUUCACUGUAUAUGGCUGAAUUCGCGACCGGGCAAGGUGAAGCAAAUCCUGCGUUCUGAUUUGCUACCCGAGAGGGCAAGAUUGGCCCAUCUCGGGAUUUCCCGCGUUGGUCCCGCAAGAAAAAGUUCUCUUAUUGGCCAUAUAAUGUAUCCUUAAUUGACUAACUUGUACGAUUAAGAUGGCUUUGACUGGCCUCGGUCUUUUUUUUUUUUUUUUUUUUUUUUUUUUUUUCUUGUUUUUCUUUGUUGUGGGUUGGCUCUGUGGUUUUUUGUUCUUUUUUUGGUGUUUUAUUUUUUGCUUGUUGGGCGCCCUGGUGGGGUUAGGAUGGCUUUGUCUGGUCUCGGUCUUUUUUUUUUUUUUUGCGUUUUUUUAUUGACCUCGAGUUCGUCUCGGUCUAUAAAAACGCGAGCAUGUUAUUGUAGCAAACCUGGAAAAUUUAAUAAAGUGCAUGAUUUUGAAUCCUUUGCUAUUUGCAGCGCAAAGAUCGAGUGGGGAGACGGAUUUAGAGGACUGGCUCUGAGUGCUGCCAGAUACAGUCUACUGAGGCUGGAGGAAGGUCCACCCCACACUAAGAACUGGAGGUUCGUAACAGUUUUUAGUAAUAUCCAACUAGUGGUCUAUUAUCAAUGCUGCGUUCUGAUUGGUUGAGAUACUACUAGGCUAUAUGUUAUAUGUUUUUGGCGGCAAAAAGGGAUUAAAGUCCAGCUUUAACUAGCUAAAUUUUUUUUAUUCUCGAUAUUUUUGACCAACUAGUUGGAUUUUACUAAAACAAUUAUUCCUCCCGCCCUCAUGGCCUCUGAGUGAAUAGCCCAUUCGGCCUUCGGACUCAUGAACUAUUGACUCAGAGCACAUUCGGGCUCGAGAAAUAGUUGUUAAAUAACUCACCCACCUAACAAUAUACACUUAAUGUCAGGUGCCGAGGGAAACAGUUAGUUUUGUUUUCCCUAGAGUCCUGAUGUUUCGCUAGACGAAUUAAUAAAUACUUUCUGGGUUAAUUUCUUGAAUUUCGACUCUACAUCACUCGCUGAUAACCGUGAGUUAACGGAGCUGCGUUGUAUUUUAAGAACUAUAAAAAUAAUGAAAUAAACAUCUAACGAACACAAACAUACAACAGAACUUGGUUAGAAGAUGAACAAAACUGAAGAAGAUUUCAACGAAUUGCAUGCAUUGUUUAAACUGUUCAGCUUUUAAGCUAACAGUAUUUCAGCGGGGACCCCUGUUGUUUGUUAUUUCGAAGGAGAUACGUGUUUCUCACCAAGCUGUUAUUUUUUCAUUUGGAAGAAAAUUCUUCGCUGUCGUUGAUUAUCAUUGUUAGUCAUUAGGCACGAAAAAAGGAAACAAAAACAAGCAACAACAACAAAAUGGACUAAGCGGCCGUGACAGAAUCCUUUAAAGGCAAACGAAAUGUCUAGGUUUUCGCACCGGCUGUAAUCGCCUGUAAAGAACAAUGGAAAAUGUAGACCUAAACACACUGUGGUGUUUUUAUUGUGUCUUUGCAGACCUCAGAUUCUUGUUCUGUGUGCCUUGAAAAAGAACUAUGAACCAGAGUCAAGGCGCUUGUUGAGCCUGGCUAGUCAACUAAAACAUGGUUAGUAUUUUUCUCCGGAUUGUUAUUUCUUUUUUUCUUGUUUGGUUGGUAAUUUUUUUUUCUGUGCGCAAAUAAUUUUCAACUAUUAGCUGGACCAACAACUAGGGUAUGGGGUGCUACCAGAGUCAAAUGAAAAAUGAAACCAAACUUCCAAAAUUACAGUUUGCCGGUGAAAUUAUAGGAAACGAAUGGCACUAUCAAGACAUUUUGGUGAAGAAUCGUUAUUUCAAUGGUCACUCCAAUGAUUUUAUCCACAGGGUCAAAAGUUAGAACUAAAUACUAAAUGAAUAGUAUCAUGUGAAAUUGCUGCGAAACAGGUUUCAUAAUACAAUACAAUACUUUAUUCAAGAGAUAAAAAAAUAUAUAUAUAUCUCCUCUCGAAAAGGGAUAUCUAGAGGUUUUGAAUGGUCACAUCCCAGGAAUGAAAAAGUUAGAACUUGAUACUAAUUAAACAGUACCAUAUAACAGUACUGCUGAAGAGGUUUCAUUUUGAAAGGUCACACCAAAGGACUUCAUCCACAGACGCAAAAGUUGGAACUGCGAAUUAAAUGAAUAGCCCCAUGUGAAAACAUUGCUAAAGAGGUUUCAUUUGAAUGGUAACACCAUAGGGUUUUCAUCCCCUGACUCAAAGGAGAAGUCACGUACUAACAGGGAACAAUCUUGCUUUGCAGGGCGUGGUCUUACUAUAGUAGGCUCCAUUUUGGAAGGAGAUUUUAACGAAAGGGCUGAAGAUGUAGCUUUAGCUAAAGAGGUAAAGGACAACUGUAAGUUUAGUUUAGCCGCUGCGCUGGUCGCGAAUAAUAACCGCAGUGAUAAGUUCCAAUCAAUUUUGAUGAUACCUCUGAGGUCAGCCACAGCGGUUGUUUUUGAGGUACUCUUAAGUUUAAGCUUUUAAUAUGCAUUUGGCUCUAGGCAGGUUUAGCUCGCCAGGGUAGAAUACUAUUUGAAAGAAAUCAAAUGUUUAAAAGGUUUUUGUGGUACAUUAUUUCCCUUCAAUGUAUUCCUUUUAGUUUCAACACAAGGAGCCAGUAAUUACAACGUUAUAAUGGACUAAGUUUUUACAUUUGUCCAACCCUCACAACGAAACAUUAUUGUAGUUGCUGUCACUGUGCUACAUGUAACAGCUGCAAAAAAGGCUUAUAGUCUAGAAAACAGUGGCUUCGUGCAUGUGUAUGGUAUGUCUUAGCCAUGACCGUGGUUCAUGUUUAAUCUUACAGGUGUUAAAAGACUGCAUGAAGGAAGAAAAAGUUAAAGGAUUUAUGAAGGUCUUAGUAGCCUCAAAAGCUGCAGAGGGAAUAUCAUUUUUGUGAGCCUUUAUAUUUUUUGUAGCUUAUUGAUUGAAGUGCAGGCCCUAUGACUGGAUUUAUCACUGCCCAGUGGAUAAGCAUGCAUAUCACUACGCUUUUCACAAACAUGCGAACUAUAAAGUUCAAAAGCUGCCUUCACAAUUGCGUUUUUCGCUGCCGUCAAUCAUAAUUACGAUCACAAGUAACGAACCUGGAAACACGGAAACACACAAAACGGAUCAAAAUCCACCAAUUGCAAAUCAAAAACCAUGACCUUUUGAACCCGUUGAAAGAAAGUUUUAAGAUGAUUGACGGCAGCGAAAAACGUUAUGCCUUAAUCUUUAACAAUGGAACGUUUAGAAAAAUGUCAACAAUAGAAAUAAAAAUAUAUUAAGUCACAUUGCGCAAACAUCGAUCCAAAAAUAUUUUUUCAUAUGCGCAUUACAUACAUUUCUGGUACAAAUUCUGGUUAUACAAAAAAAGGUCCGAGAUAAGCGACAAUUCUAGCACGUAGUAAUACGCAAGCUUAGCAGUUGAGAAGUAGACCCCGCUUAAAUAACCCGAGUCAGGUCGUUAAACUCCUUUAGUAUACAAGGAGGAUCUGGUGUUUGGUAUAGAGAAGGAGAUAGAGGGGGAAUCACUGUUGGUUGAUAGUUGAUCUAAUCUCGACUCCAUGAAUUCUUUUUAACCCUCACUAUUGUUUUAGAGCCCAGAGUUCGGGUCUCGGAGGCCUGGAACCUAACACAUUGAUGAUCAACUGGCCUGAGAAUUGGCGGGAAACAGAACAAUGGAGAAGUUUUGUUCGUAAGUGAAGAAUUGUACUGACUCAUACCCUUAAGGGCCCGUUUACAUGGAGGUUGGGGACCCCAGAUAGGUGAGGUAAAAUGUGGCGGCUCACCCCACCUGUCAUGUAAAAGUGAUAAAAUUGAAAUUAGAGAUUAUAUAGACAGGCAAGUUACCCCACCUAAGCGGGUUACCUCACCUACCUGGGUUCCCUCACCUCCAUGUAAACAUGCCCUAAGAACUAGCCCAUGUAACGGGAGGAAUAGACCUCUUUAACUUGUAUAUUUUGUUUUCCUAAUAGAGGUCCCAUUAUGCGUAGUUAUGCUCGUGAGUAAGACGAAAUUUGAAAAAAAAUCUUCUCUAGAGUAUUAUCACAUGACCUGUAUUGGGAAAGCAAAACAUACAAGCUAAAGAGGUCUAUUGGGAUUAUUCGGGUGAGGGUUUUUACCUGUCUGCCAGAAAACCCCGAUACGAAAAAUAUUCCAUUAUUUGUAUGUUUGACCUUUUCUUUCCGACACGAAAGGCUAUCCGGUAAAGUACGAAUAGUAGCGGCACAAAACUGGAAAGAGUCGUUCACACACAUCGAACAUCGUGCUGAAGCAGUUGGCCAAGAGGGUUUGGUAAACUGAAUACCAGUCCUCGCUCCUGAAUAUUUACUUCCGUCUCAGUGGAUUUCAGUCCUAGCUCCUACUUUUCACUUCCGCCACGGUCCGAAUACCUGUUCACCCUGCGCCAAACUGUGGCACAGAACCUAUCCGAUAUGUGACUCUCCACUUUAGAGAUCGGCGCAGCACAGCUUCGCUCCGUCACAGAAAUCGCGCCAAAAUCACUGUUCUUAUGUGUGAACAGAAGCCCUAUCUGGUAUGAUUUUCGUGCCCUCGCAAGAGCUAUCCUGUGUAAUGAGAACUUUAUUUUCCUCCUUUUUUUUCUUGUCAGAUACCAUCCGCUGCAUUUCCAAAGGUCAGGAGGCGCUGCUCGUGGCGCGUAAGAUAGACGCGUUUCCAAGCAACACAGAUCGCUUAGAAGGCAAUGUGGACGUUUGGUGGAUCGUACAUGAUGGCGGCCUCAUGAUUCUACUACUUUUCCUUCUAAAACAGCACAAAGUUUGGAAGAAGUGCAACCUCAGAAUAUUCACAGUGGCUCGUAUCCUGAUGAUACUGAUGCUAAAAAUUAAUAAAGUAGUAGAGUUGUUUAGAUUUGAGAACGAGGACGAGAUUUAACUUUAAGUUUUUUCGCGUAUUCUCAAAAAAUCGACUACCCGCAAAGCUUAAUUCUACUUUUUUCCCAGUGAACAGAGCACGGUUUUUUUUAUUGAAAGAGAUUAAGCGCCCUUUCGAGCGCAAAAUGAUAAAAACAGUCUAGCAUUUGAUACCUUUUUAUUCCCACUACGACAAUCUCGCUAUAAAAACUCAUACUAAAAUGACGACGGCGAUUACGUUUUCCCGCCAAAAUGACGCUUUUUCACGCGGGCGCACCACUUAGUAUUGAGGAAAUCUGGUACUCGUAGUCGUCCUCGUUUUAGAUCCUUAGAGCGGUUUUCACUCGACUGUCGAAUUGGGAUUGGUUUUGGUUUUGGUUUUGGCUUUACUACGCCCUUUGGUUGGCUAGUGUAUUUACUUUGGUUUUGGUUUUACGACAGCCAAGUGAAAACCGCUCUAAGGUCUCCAAUAUAACAAUGCAAUAGCUUUCAGAAAAAAACACUUAUUGAGGGGACCCAUGACGGUAAUAGCAAAUUUGUAGUGCUUGUAGCACUCCUUGGCACUGCCUAGAGUAGUAUGAUUAUUAUAGCCAGAGUUACCUAACAGAUUUGGUGGCUUACGAUUUAGGACUUCGUUGAAUUGUGAAAGAAUUUAUGUCUUGUUUUCAGAGCCAUCACUGUGAAGUCUUCUUUACUUGGGUUUUCGUCUGUCACUGUGUAAACACGGUGAACACAAGACUGAUACCCGUUAAACCUACUAGAUUAAAUAAUAAUAAUAAUAAUAAUAAUAAUAAUAAUAAUAAUAAUAAUAAUAAUAAUAAUAAACUGAAGUUAAAUAAUAGAGUAAUAAUAGUAGUAAUAAUAAUGAUAAUUAAAUUAGUAACAAGUUUGAAGAGGGUUGACGCUUUGUUUGCAUUAACCUCUCCCUUCGUGUGGCUCUGUAACAAAUAAAACGCGCUGAUUACGUUUAAGAGCAACACUAGUCGUAUUUAAAUCUGAGUUUCUCUUGACUAAGCUGAAAACAGAGCUCGAAGACAACAGUAUUCAAAUGAAGAAAGACCUGGAGUCCUUCAUGUACCAGCUUAGGAUCAAAGCUCAAGUGGAAGUUAUCGAAAUGGUGAGUGGUAUAUCUUCAGACGCGUCGUCCGGAUAAAACAAGCAAAUUAGGAACACGUAGACGUUCUUCGAGGGUGUGAAACGCAGACAGGCAAGCGCGGGAAAUCGCGGCAUGGCAGACAGGCGACCUCGUUCCCAGGCUCUCUAUUCUUUCCAUCCGGGCGCUACGAAGCUGUUAAAAGGAGUUUUCUUUAUCUAUGGAAACUAUAGAUGAAUGACCCAAACAAUGUCUCUAGCCCUUAAAUUAACCUUCGACCCUUUCUGCCUCAAGUCCUGCUCCCUGGAGCGAGAGAGAAACGGGAAGAAGAGAUUGAGAGAAAGUUUGCAAUUUGUAUUCGUUUUAUGCGAUUGGUUUUGAACUUUUCGCGAUGGUUUUUUGCCAGUCUUAAAGUUUUGAAAGGUGCAGUCUACUAAAAACUACUGGCCUUAAUAGACAGGAAACGGGACAAAGUUUUCCAAGAUUUCGAAACAAUGACAUCCGGAAGUUACCUCGAGCCGGCAAGCAAGUCAUGAGUAGUUUUCAUUUAAUCAGUUGAUUUAUAGAGCAGUGCGAAUGUGGUUAAUCCGGCGUGAUCAAAGUGUUUGUAAAAGCUCCUUUUCUUUUCCUCUUAAAUGAUUUCAGAUGGACCAAGAUAUCUCAGAAUACACUUAUGAACGCACGCUGUUAAUGGAACAGAGACACCAGAUGCUAAAAGAAAUGCAACUGUCGAGAAAAGAAAGCAGACGGGAAAUACAAGACGUCGUAGAACAUUCUUACAGAAGACGGUCACUCUCCAGGCGAAGGUCUCAGUCCGAUCACAAAUAUGACACGAAAGCGGAUUGCACGAGUAAUCCCGACGAGGGCUCGACAAUUCCUGACCCGAAUCCACCCGACAAGCACCAUCAAAGUGCCGACAAGAACCGUGUGAUGAGUGGUUCAGGAAAGUCUGAUGUUGAUCAUAGUAAAGCGAACGAUGGGUACACUACCCCUACUAAGAACGAAGUUACGAUGCGUAGCAUCAAAGGAGAUGAACUUGUAGAUAAAAACACGCACAGUAGUAAAAUAUCAGAGGACAGAAUUGACGUAGGUACAGUCUGCGGCAGAACCAGCGUUGAUGGACAAGAAAGCGGGUUGAAAGGAACGCCGUAAGUAUUUCGUAUUCUCUGUUCUAACUCGUAAGCACUAUGCAGCGAUUUUGUCUUCCCCGGUAGAGUAUACCGUAUUUUCUCGCAUAAGCGCCCGGGGGCUUAUUUCAAGUUUCAGCUUAAAGGAUGGGUGCUUAUUCGUUCAAUCGAGGGGCGCAUUAUUACGUUUUCCUUUAAACGAACUAGAGAAUUGUCUAGUUGUUCCUGGGAAGUAAGGGGAUUUAUCAAGAGCGCGGCAUUAGGGCUAAAAUUGGAAUAAGAGAUGACGUACGUGAGGAAAACUCUGCAAGUACACGGAUGUAGAAAUAAAAAAAAAUUAUAUUGUCCUUUACUGAUUCCGCUGUAGACGAAGCCUUAAAAAUUAAAAUAAAUCGGCAAUAGAAGCUGUAUUUCUUGCAUUCCUGCUAUUUAAAAAAAUGAGGGGGUCGGGGGGUUGCUUAUAAUUAUUUGAUAAUAUGGCCUUGGAGUGAGCGCUCAUUUGAGGGAGGGCGCUUAUUAUAGCGUGGGUGCUCAUUCGAGGAAAUAUGGUAUAUGGCGAAAAGAUUCCAUGUUGCUGUUUGUCGAGGAAUGCAGACUACUAAAUACUUUCAAUAAAUCUCUUUGUUUGUAUGUCAUUAGAAAGGAGAAAAACCUUCGACGCAUGAAUACAGCUGUAAAGUUAAAUCAGCUUGUGAAAGACAGAUCAAAAGGAACUCAGCUGCUCGUCAUCAAUCUCCCAGGACCUCCAUCAGACGAGAACGACUGGCAACACUGUAUCCUUUUUAAUCCCUUGGUGGUAACGGUUAGUGAAACGUCUUAAUGAGUCACUUGCGAUAGUGAGGGGAGAUGAGUUAUUCCUUCAACAGACUGAAACUAACUUUCCGUGGGAUGGAGGGUAGGUGAUCGUAAAAACUUUUUCUAUUUAAUUCUCGGGGAAAGUGUACGACCGGCCACGCCCUAUCUUAAACUCAUGGGGUGGAGGGUUGUCUGGUUUACUCUAAGAGACUUUUAAUCACCUUUUUAUUUCCCUGCGUAAGACGCAGGAGUAUGUGAACUGGCCCGUGAAUCGGGUGGGGCCAGGCGAAAAGGUCCUGGAGAGGGAGAAUUCAGAAGAGAGAAAAGGGGCGGACAGGCUCCCUUGCUCCUCCCCCCCUCCCUUUCUUGCCUUUUCUUCUCUCCUCUCCUGCCCUAUUGGACACUAGAGAACUUUUUGACUGAAAAAAGAAAAGAAAACAAAAAGCAGCUCCCACGAGCUUUUUGUAAACAGUGGUCACUGGUUCUUAUUCACACGUUGGCAACUGUAAAUAUACCACUUCCCUCUGUUUUAGUAAAAAUGUAUCCGCCUUACAUCAAUAGCGCUCUCAUUAAUCUCUUCCCCCAACCCCCUCUUCGUCCGUAGGCUUGGAUAUGGAAGAUGUCCCUUCCGCCUAACCGUUGUAGAAUUAGGUACGAAAUUGUUUAUGAAAAGAGCGCAGGGUGCAUUGUUACAAUGUCUUACCGUCUUAUGGAAUGAUAACCCUUAUCUUGACUGAAAAUCAAAGGCAAUUUAUCCGUCAAUUUGUCUUAGUUUUCAUUCUUGACUCGAAACAACAGAUAUGGAGUUCUUGGACGAGCUAACGGAAGGACUGGAUCGAGUAUUAAUGGUGCGAGGAGGGGGGCGGGAAGUCAUAACAAUUUACUCAUGA